AACGAUCUCGUAUCGAUCGUAUUUACAUAUCUAUAUAUUCACAAAUUCUGCACAGAAUCUGAAUGCGCCUGCAUUUCUCAUGAUCAACAAGACCACUGGAUAUUGGGAGAAACAUCAUUUUAGAAGUUUUGUGAAAUCAUGUUUAAACAUUAUUACUUGGAAUGCAAAAUAUAGCAUUAUUAUGUGUGAUAAAACUGAUAAUGCAUAUGUACAUAGGUGGCGAGCGGUACUGUCCUCUUUAAGUAAAUCAAUUCAUCACGCUGGGUAAAACGUAAAAAAUGAAUGGAUCGCAAAAUCACAUUUCCCUUGUCGUAUACUUGGACGCGACCUCUGUGAAAUCGCAUGGGCAAGAAGAUGAUCUCCAGUACGGACAUGCCGUUUCCUCUAAGAUGGGGCCUAUUUGCCAGUACAUGUGGGCAAAUUUUCUACUGUCCGCUCUGCGUGUUUUUCUGGAAUGUGGCCCAUUUGGGUGGGUGGCGUACAGCCUGGUUGUAUGUAGGAGCAUGGCUAGCGAUAGCGCUGUACAGACGGCUGUGGCGUGGUUUUUCUUUGGCAUGGUUGGAUUUUUUCUCGUCACGGAGGCAUUCAUGUCUCUGAUGAGCUUGAGGAUAUUGAGAAGUGUUCAACAAUGGCGUCCUGGAACAAAAAGCGAACCAGUGUCUGAGGUUGUCGCUUGUCUGGAUAUGGCCUAUGUACCGCUGGUUAGCACGAUGGUACUGAAUUGCCUCAUGCUCGUAUUCUACCUAAUGCUCGAGUGUAACGGUUCCGGCUGGAAAGAUCUUUCAGAAUAUGUCGUGUUUAGCGGUAACACAACAAUUCAAACUACCCUGAAACAUCUGGUACCACACAAACAUAAGCGAACAAAUCAAAACAACCAGCAAAUGUUCAAUAAGACGAAAACACUGAGCAAUCUACAAAUUUUAAACGAGAUUUAUACUGCCUUUAUUCAGCGGUAA